CAACCAUGGCUACAGCACCACCAAGUCUUCAGGCAAAAUUUGAGGAGGAACUGUCCUGUAGCAUCUGCCUGGAGCUGUUCACCAGGCCCAAGAUGCUGCCCUGUCAGCACACCUUCUGUCAGGACUGUCUAAAGGACCAUGCAGGGAGGGGAGGGACCUUCCAGUGCCCAAAGUUGAACUGUUGUCAGCAAAUCAAUCUACCAAACAUGGGAGUGGCUGACUUUCCCAGCAAUACCACCGUAGCAAAUCUAUGUGACACACUACGCAAGAGGACAACAAGAAAGAACGAAGACCAUGUGCACAAAGUCAAGUGCACUUCUCACCCUUCUGAGGACAUCAACCUGUACUGUAUCCAGUGCCAGGUUCCAGUCUGCACCAAAUGUUUGGGAGAAGGUCACAAAGGUCACAGUACAACCAACUUGGAAGCGGCCUCACAGGAAAGAAAAGUUUCUGCAAAAAUGCUUAUCACUGAAGCAAGAAAGAUCAUGGAAACUUACAACAAAUAUCUACAAGAUCUGAGAAACAAGGAGACAGCUCUGAACACACAGAAACAGGAAAGAAAUGACAAAAUUGAUGAAGCUCUACAUAAAGCAGUACAACAGCUCACAGAAGCAAAAGACAGUUUGAAGUCAAAGGAAGACCAAGAACACACCAAGACCAUCAAGGUAUUGCAGGCUCAAAAGAAUGAAGUUUUGACAGAUUUUGCUGAAAUUUCUUCUGCAUGUAUGGCUACAAUGAAAGGGCUAGAGAAGGGAGGAGUAGAGCUUCUUUGUACUGAAACCACUCUGCAUGAGGUUGUAACAAAGUGCAAAGAAAAGUCACUACCAACUCCAAUGUCAGUACCGACUGUAGAGUUUCAGCCCACAGACCCAGAGACACUAACAUUGGGUAAACUCUCAAGUCAUAAACCAAGUUGGCUAUGGAAGAUAAUCGGGACAUUUUGGUUAUUGCUAAAAGCAUCAGUCUUGGCUAUCUGGUGGCUUGGCUUUUUUGCGAUGGGAUUCACAUUUCUCAUGGUUUUCAUAAAUCAUAAUGAUAAGAAUACGAAUGGUGUUAUAUUAAUUGUCACAUUAUUAGUGCUUUCAUUUUCUAUCAGUCUUUAUUCUUUGGUGCAGAAAGGUAAGUUAAGGUCAUCAUCAUUGUUGUUAUUCGCUAUCUGCCAUGUCUUCUGGCUUAGUUGGAUUCUUAGUGUCAAGCUUGGAAAUGGAAAGUAUGAUGAAGUUCUCGGGAUUAUGGCACCUGUUAUACUUUCUUGUAUUAUCAGUAUUGGCUUUAUAUGGAAGAACAAUUAACAAAUUAACAAGACUAUCUGAUCGAAACAUUAGUGAAAACAAACUUAAGGCAACUACUUGCUACUUUUGAUAACAUAAUGUCUAGUUGGAUGUGUGGGGGAAGGCCUAGGAAUAUGGUGUUUCCUGUUUCCCCGACAUGUCUUAGAAAAACCCUAGCCUUUUUUUACUGUAAGAUAGGUACAUGUACAAGCAUGUUCAAUAUUGAUAUACAAUGUAUAGACCUUGUGUUCAGAUAAUCACAUGCACAGAUAUUAUUUGAUAUCAAUUUAUCAUUUGGACAAAUUUAUUACAUUUGGUUUAGAGCCUUCAAUAAUGUAUUGUUGCUGUCUUUUGGUAGAGCAAAGAAAAAAUGAAACAUGGAAAACUGACAAUUAUUAUG